CAUGCCCACCUCCAACGUCUACCUUUGUAAACUCCGCUAACCUUAACGCCCCCUGCGCAUUAUAACACCACCCAUUCCUCACACACACACACACACACACACACACUGUAUUCCUUUUACAUGCACUCCCUCCUCCACCACCCUACAAUCCUGCGCACACCCUCUUCUCUUUCGCUCUCCACCAUGGCCGCCGCCUCCUCCUCCUCGCUUACUCUCCCUUCCAUUUCUCUCCAGAAGCUUCCUUCCGACUCGUUCAAGCGCUCCAAUUCCUCGCUGUGCUUCAGAAAUGCGACUCUUCGGAGCGUUAGAGACGGAAAUCUCUGCCGAUCUAGGGUUUCCAUGAGCGUCUCGGUUGGAUCCAAGGCCGUCGUCGAUGACGCCUUGUUCUCGGAUUACAAUUCCAGCUGCGCUUUCCUGUUUCCUGGCCAGGGUGCCCAAACAGUUGGUAUGGGAAAGGAGGCUCAAAAUGUGCCCACCGCUGCAGACUUGUACAUGAAAGCAAAUGGCAUAUUAGGGUUUGACCUUCUGGAUAUUUGCAUUAAUGGACCAAAAGAGAAGCUAGAUUCAACUGUUAUAAGCCAGCCAGCUAUAUAUGUCACGAGUCUAGCUGCAGUAGAGUUACUUCGUGUGCGUGAUGGAGGUCAGCAGAUAAUUGAUUCUGUUGAUGUCACUGGUGGCCUAAGCUUGGGAGAAUAUACUGCUCUAGCAUUUGCUGGCGCUUUUAGCUUUGAGGACGGACUCAAGCUGGUCAAAUUAAGGGGAGAGGCCAUGCAGGAAGCUUCCGAUGCUGCUAAAAGUGCCAUGAUCAGUGUAAUAGGACUGGAUUCAGAAAGGGUUCAGCAGUUGUGUGAUGCAGUCAAUCAAGAAGUUGAUGAAGCUAAUAGAGUUCAGAUUGCAAAUUACCUAUGUCCUGGAAAUUAUGCUGUAUCUGGAGGUGUGAAAGGAGUGGAGGCUGUAGAAGCCAAAGCAAAGUCAUUCAAGGCUCGAAUGACGGUGCGCCUAGCGGUUGCUGGUGCUUUCCACACCCACUUUAUGGAACCAGCUGUCUCCAGAUUGGAAGCUGCACUAGCAGCCACGGAGAUCCGGACUCCAAAAAUACCAGUUAUCUCCAAUGUUGAUGCACAGCCACAUGCAGAUCCUGAGACAAUCAAGAAGAUAUUGGCACGUCAGGUGACCUCUCCUGUUCAAUGGGAAACAACAGUGAAGACUCUCCUAACCAAGGGGCUGAAGAAGACUUAUGAAUUGGGACCUGGAAAGGUCAUAGCGGGCAUUGUGAAGAGAAUGGACAGAAGUGCUGACAUCGAGAAUAUUGGUGCCUGAGAAGGCCAUUAGAGGUACCUCUCGUGUAGCAUUUUGGAGUCUGAGCAGAGGUCCUUAUUAAAGCCAAACCCAGAGAAGAAAUUUCAAGAUGGAUAAGGUUUUCCUCCAACAAAAAUUCUCGUGAGAAUCACAUGCUUUGCUUUUAGAACGAAUGUUAGUUUACUAGAUUGGGUUGGAGGAUUCCUCAAACCCAGCAGUUUGGAAGAAAACUGUCUCCCGGAUAAAUGAUUAAACCACAAACAAAAGAAUUGGUAGUGUUGGCAAUUGAGAAAGGAACCACUGGUUUGAUUUUUCUCUCAUGUGAUUUAAUCAGUCCUCAUCGGCUCAUGACGAACCUUAUGUAUGGUGAAAUUUAUUUAUUUAAAUAAACAUGUCUUGAUGAUGAUUUGA